AUGCUGGGAAAGAGGUACCCUGGUGCCCCUCCCUCGCUCCUGAUGACUAAGGAGCCAACUGUGCACUAUCAUCCCGGGCGGGAGAAACCUAUCCCCUUCGCCGUCACCGUGGGCAGCAUAGCAUCAUCCAUCAUCGCAGGAGCACCCCAGCCUCAGUCCCGAGUCUCGCGCCUCCCGCAUGUGCAGCACUGA